CAGUCCGCGGGCACUGCAGGCGGGGCGGGUAUAAGAUGGCGGCAGUGCGGGCCGUGUGUGUGAUGCGCGGCGAGGGGGCUGUGGAGGGCGUCAUCCACUUCGAGCAGCAGGGAACUGGACCGGUGAAAGUGACUGGGAAAAUCACUGGAUUGGCCGAUGGGGAGCACGGCUUCCACGUCCAUGAGUUCGGGGACAACACCAAUGGGUGCACCAGUGCUGGCCCCCACUUCAACCCGCAGCAGAAGAAGCACGGGGGUCCCAGCGAUGCCGAGAGGCACGUGGGAGACCUGGGCAAUGUGACUGCCAAGGGAGGCGUGGCCGAGGUGUCCAUCCAGGAUUCCGUCAUUUCCCUCUCGGGACCACACUGCAUCAUUGGCCGCACCAUGGUGGUGCACGAGAGUCGGGAUGACCUGGGCAAAGGGGGCAAUGAUGAGAGCCUGCGGACUGGAAACGCAGGGGCCCGCCUGGCCUGCGGAGUGAUCGGCAUUGCCAAGAGCUAAGUGUGCUGCCUGCAGUGCUCUUCCUUGCUGCUCCUGCCCUUCCUCCUGCAAGUUCAAGAUGUGUCAUUAAUCUCCUGCUCCUCUGCAUCCUGAGCAGCACUCACACGCUGGAGACUGACCGAGUUUUGUAUGAUGUACAUUCAAUUAAAGUGUCCCUGAUAGAACGGC